AAGAUGGAGAGUUGUAAUCCUGUGAGCACACCAGCAGAGUGCGGAUUAAAGUUAUCCAAGGAUGAUAAAGGAGAGAAGGUAAACUCAACGGAGUUUAGAAUUGGAUUGGUCAGCAGAUACAUGGAGGCGCCAACUAUGUCACACUGGAACGCUGCCAAGAGGAUACUGCGCUACAUAAAAGGUACAAUCGAUCAUGGUUUGCUUUAUACUAAG